GCUGGGCCUUGAGGCUCGUGGGGCCAGUCCCCGGGACGUGAGCCGGGUUUUCUCGGCGCCGGGCCGGUCCUUGGGGAACCGGAUUAGCGGCGGGUCUACGGGGCGCCGAGCGGGACGUGGGCCCUUGGGGCUCGUGGGGCGGGUCCUCUGGGCUCCGGGCGGGUCCUCGGGGGACGGGUGCUCUGGGCCCGGGGCGGGGACUGGCGGCGGGUAUUCUGGGCGCUGGGCAGGGAUUGGUGGCGGAUCCUCCGGGCUCGGGGCGGGACGUGGGUUCUAGGGUAUCGGGGGGCGGGUCCUUGGGGCGGCGCGCGCCGCCGUACCCCGCUCCUCCCGCGCGCGGCCCCUGGAGUGCCCAAGGCGCGCGGCCAGCCCUGCUCGGGCCGCUGCACUCGAGCUGCCCCGCGGCCGAGCGAGCGCGGGCAGGGGCCGGGGCCGGGGCCACGGCGGCGGGUGGCGCACCCAGGGUUCUUCUGCAGUCCCCAUAGGGAAGAGCGAGGGCGAAGCCAAGGCUAAGCGGGGCCGGAACCAUGAACCGGAGUUUCCACAAGUCUCAGACCCUGGGCUUCUACGACUGCAGCGCGGUGGAAGUCAAGAGCAAGUUUGGAGCCGAGUUCCGAAGGUUCUCUCUGGACCGCCAGAAGCCUGGGAGGUUCGAAGACUUCUACAAGCUCGUCGUGCACACCCACCACAUCGCCAACACCGAGGUGACCAUUGGCUAUGCAGACGUGCAUGGCGACCUGCUGCCCAUCAACAACGAUGACAACUUCUGCAAGGCCGUCUCCAGCGCAAACCCCCUGCUCAGGGUUUUCAUCCAGAAACGAGAAGAGGCUGAGCACUGCAGCUUUGGGGCGGGCUCGCUGUCCAGGCGGCGGCGCCCACUGGCCCUGCGGGAAGAUGGCCCCCGCCGGCGCACACACCUGCACAUCGGCCUGCCGCACGACUUCCGCCCAGUGUCCUCCAUCAUCGACGUGGACAUCCUCCCUGAGACGCACCGCCGCGUGAGGCUGUACCGGCACGGCUGCCAGAAGCCGCUGGGCUUCUACAUUCGUGACGGCACGAGUGUGCGUGUGGCCCCGCAGGGGCUAGAGAAGGUGCCUGGCGUCUUCAUCUCCCGCAUGGUGCCUGGCGGCCUCGCCGAGAGCACCGGGCUUCUGGCCGUGGAUGACGAGGUCCUGGAGGUGAACGGGAUUGAGGUGGCCGGGAAGACACUGGACCAGGUCACGGACAUGAUGAUCGCCAACAGCCACAACCUCAUCGUGACGGUCAAGCCUGCCAACCAGAGGAACAACGUGGUGCGGGGCAGCCGUGCCUCAGGCAGCUCCGGCCGCUCCUCGGACAGCACGGCCAGCCGCCACAGCCUGCCCGCGGCCCAUGUCCUGCAGAACUUGCCCCCGGACGAGAUGGAGAGCGACGAGGAGGCUGACGUGGUCCUCGAGGGCGUGCUGGAGCCCCGGCUGGCCCCCAGGCCGCCUCCAGGCAGCCUCGCGCGCGUCAACGGUGCAGGCCUGGCGCCCAGCCUACACAGCCCCGGGCGGGAGGGCAGCGUCCAGAGGCUUCUCAGCUCCCUCCGCUCUGACCCCCGCCACAGCCUGGCCCUGCCCCCGGGAGGGGUGGAGGAGCAUGGGCCAGCGGUCACCCUGUAGGGCCAGGAACCAGACAGCUCAGUUUACCAAGGAGAAACACUUCUAAAAUUCUAUUCCAAUUUUAAAAUAAGAAAAAAUUGUAUACUUCACUCCUCCUAUUUGUUGUUUUUACUUAUCCCUCCCUUUUCAUCCAUAACCCUAUUCUUUCUUUCAAUUCAUGAAUAGAAAAAAACUUUAUAGAGUUUCUCCAUAGAACAUAAAAUACACACACGUGCACAGUCUAUACUGGCCCAGGUGCAGGGUCCAGCACCUUUGUGAAGUGGUAGAAAUGACCUAAGUGCAGAAAAUAUUUCAUUUUUAAAUUUUAAAAACAUACUUUUUUUAAAAUGAAGCCUUUAAAUUACUUUUGUAUUGGGUUGGCAAAAAAUCUCAUUCGGGUUUUUCUGUAAGAUGCUAUGAGAAAGCCCAAAGAAACUUUUUGGCCAACCCAGUAAAUAGUCGUCAUGUUUUCACUGUGCUUCCUGCCGACUUGCACUGAUCCUGCUGAUGGGCCAGAAGGCUGUGAAGACAGAAUGUGGCAAGAAGGCAGAGACCGGAAUUUAAGAGCAAGUGCACCCAAACCUGUACUAAGCAUGACUGCAGAGGAUGAAUUUCAGAAUUUCACAGUUUGUAGUCCUGUCUCAAAUAGCCAAGUGGGUGUUGAACUCCCACACCUCGCUGGGAAGAGAGAACCCAUGUGAAGUGGUCAUGGUGGUCGUGGCGGGGGACUCACCUUGUGGGCAACUUUGUGAGACCCUUGAAGGUGAAUUUAACUUUGGAAGAGAGUGGAAGGUGCAGCUCACCAUCUGUGAUCAAAAGCCAUUAUCUACUCUGAGAUAAACACCACUCUGUUCCUAGGACUGUGACUCUGAGGGUGGUUUUGACAUGUUUCCAUGAGGAAUGGUGGCCAAGCCAGCCACAUGUCACUCAGGCCUCUGAGAGGUCUCAGCCAUUCAGAUGUAUGCGUUCUGCAUCUUUCCUUUUAAAUAACAAGGCACAUGAAAUGUAAAGAUUUUUAACACAGAGUAAAUUCAUUGUCACUUCCCUUUGAUAUUCGAUCAAUAUUUACAUAUUUAGUAAUCUUAAAGGUUUAUUCAUGUUUCAUCCAAAUUUUAUAUGUAUUUUUUGCUUGAACCCAGUGUUGAGGAGAAAAUGUUACGCUUAUCCUUUGAAAACUAAACUUUCACCCAAAAAAGUUUCCAUGUAAAUACAGGUAGAUGUAUUUUUGUAGGUUGACCUUUGGGAAACUACGCAGCUGCUUCUCCUGUGGUCUAGCACCCCCUGCUGGUCAGUGGCAGAACUGACUUUAUGGAUGUCAGUUUGAGAACAGAUGUCAAACCGUGUAUCACAAUGUUUUUAUUUCUCCUGAAUUCAUUAAGUGAAAAGAAAAUUAUUUUUCUCUUAGAAACUAUUUAUUGGACAUAAAUAGCUUUUACUGAGUAGCUGUGGUCUCCUGCACCUUUGUUUUUGUUAUUUGUAUGCCAGGAUCACUGUUUGUUUUGGUCUUAAAAUACAGGGAAGACCAAGGAUGCUCCCCCUCUGAGGUCUAGGACCCCCAAGUUUAUGGGCUCCAAUGACCUGUAUGAGCAUUUGGGGGCCCCAGGAGUAGGAAGUAUUUCUUUUACUAUGACACGUGUCAUAGAACCAAAACUCUAAGGCAAAGUUUCUAUCACUAAGUUAUUGCUGGUCACUGAAUAUCUUCUCAAAAAACAAGGUGUGUUACCAAGAAGGAAAGUUAUAUUUCUUACCGUAUCUUAAGUUUUUAAACAAAUGUGAAUAAUUUUUUUAAGGAAAAAAAAGGCUUAUACUGAGAUUUGUGUGCUAUUGUUCAUAAUUUUAGGAGUUACAAAUUGUCUUGAGCAGCUGCUUGAGUGUAUUUUUCUACCCAAGUCUAUAUUUCUGCAAUUUUCUUCUUAAAAAAAAGAAAAAGACAAAAAAAACUAUGUUGUAUACCCAUGAAAGUCUUCUUGGUUUUUAUAUAUCAAAGAAUAAAAACUCUUUCUUUGCUUUUAA